AUGGCAGCAUCUCACAACUUCUGUUAUGGUUGGAGAUGGUCCAUUGCCAGUAGUGAGUUUUUGGAUUUACCACUUCUUAUACUAUCUUUCUUUCUUAGUGAGACCCCAAGGUUUCUCAUUAAGAAAGGGCGUAUAGAGGAUGAAAAAGCAUCCCUUAAGAUGUAUAGGAAAUGUGGAGCAGAAGCACAACUAGAGAUGUUAGCAGGCGUGAUGGAAAAUGAAGGCAAGAGGAAAAGGAAGAAACUGUCGCACUCGCCCAUUUUACUGCUUAACAUAGUGGCUCAAAAUUUUCAGCAAGUUUUGGGCUUAGACUCUAUACUAUUCUUUGGACCAUUACUUCAACAGUCAGCUAGAUACACCUAUAGUGCUUCCUUCGGCGCUCCGCUUUUUGUCGGAGUUGUUCGAGCUUGA